AAGAAAAUUGGCUAUGCAGUUGCCCCAUCAACUUGCCCGAAGCCUCGAUCUGUGUCAGCUUUCCGUCAUUCGUCACCCGGCAUUAUCUAGUUUCAAAUUUCCCGCCAGGUAUUUACCUUCCCGUCAUGCACUAUUAAGGAGUAUCACGUGAUCAAGCACAGACAUGGCGGAGCGGUCAUUUCAAGUUUGGGAAUAACGGCGACUUUUGCACUCAUCCAUUUUGCGCUACUUCUUGGCGUUACAUUACUACAAUCACCAUAUCAACACUUGCUUCAGUGGCCUGAAAGACAUUCUGCGUGCCGUGCAGAACGCUAAUGGAUCCAGAAAAGUGACCAGUGCAAGAGUUUUGAGCCAGAAGCUCAUUGGUUGGAAGCAGCCAUGAUUACUGGGAAAUCCAGAGCACCAGCAUCUCUCUAUAGGUACUCAGACUGCAAGAACAAAUUUCUAUUAUAAAUAUCCAGAAUAUCAAAAGGAGUAAACUUGAAGCAUGGCAAGUGCUGAUGUAUCGAGUGAGGACGAUGAUUAUGGGUCUCGCCAGCGCUCCAGGAGGGGACGUCGACUACCGGACCCCCCAUCACCUCGUAGCAGUCGACGCGGCAUCCUUAGGACAUCUGCAUCAGACAACAUUGUAGUGGACAGAGUCGAUAGGAUAGCUACAUCAUUAGAGGACACCAACCGCAACCUGAGACGGAUGGACAGAGUGCUGGGGGAGUAUUCUGAGGUCUCAGAAGAACAAGGGACAGAGAUAGACAGGCUGCGAGGCAGACUUGCCCGCUCGGCCAUGCGGCUGCAGGAGGAGAGAGUAAGGAGAACAGGCACCACACGAGGUUCCACCAUGAGACCCAGUGAGCUGGACAUGGCAAGCUCAGGAGAAACAAGAAGAUACAGACCAACGUCACCAUUGAGAAAUUAUGAGCCCUCUGUGCCAAGAAGAAGAACUGGGUCAACAGUCAGGUUUCUCAAUGGAGGAGAUGAUGAUAUCCAUGAAGUCCACCAGACUGUCCGGGACCUGACAUCAGACCAGCUUCGAAUGGGGGAGGACUUGGAAAGGGAAAUAGAUAGGAGAUCGAGAGCAGAGCAGGAGACACAAAGAACCUUACGGGAAAUGUCAGACAGUUUAAGGCGAUCCUCCACGUCUGAGUCUGCCUCGGAGCGAGUAGACAGGAGGUUACAGCAGAUCCAGGACGACAUGAAGGCCCAGCAGAGGCAGCUGGCACGCAGACAGGAGGAGACAGUCAGCAUGUCUGAUAGACUACGAGAGAAUUGA